UACAUUCACAUUUAUAACAUGUUUUUUUAAGCGCGAAUAUAAUACAGAUAAUAAAAAAAUUAUGGGCAGAUAAGAUCAUGAUUUAUUAACGUAAUUACGUCCAGCGUUAAUUGUAUUUUCAGCACAAUUCAAUAAAACGCUAAACUUUUUGUUUUAUUCUAUUCAGAUGACAUUUGGAGACUUUCAUAAAACGAAUGUCAGUUGUGUGAUGUAGAAGAAGUAAUAAUAACAAAGAAGUCUACAAAUUUGUCAUUCGACGAAAAGAAAAAGAAAUAUAAAGCAAAAGCAAGUUCAGUCAUAGAUUGAAAAUUCUAAUAUCGAAUAAUGUCGGAAACUUAUGAUUACUUGUUUAAGUUUUUGAUUAUUGGUAGUGCUGGUAGCGGAAAAAGUUGUUUACUUCAUCACUUUAUUGAAAAUAAAUUUAAGGACGACAGUUCUCAUACGAUUGGCGUAGAAUUUGGCUCUCGUAUUGUAAGCGUAGGUGGAAAGUCUGUUAAAUUGCAAAUAUGGGAUACAGCUGGUCAAGAACGUUUUCGAUCGGUGACGCGCUCUUAUUAUCGCGGUGCAGCUGGAGCUUUACUCGUCUAUGAUACAUCGUCAAGGGACUCGUUCAACGCGUUGACUAAUUGGUUAAAUGAUGCACGCACAUUGGCUAGUCCUAAUAUUGUUAUAUUAUUGGUUGGUAAUAAAAAAGACUUGGAAGAAGCACGAGAUGUCACAUUUUUGGAAGCCAGUACUUUUGCACAGGAAAAUGAAUUAAUAUUUUUAGAAACAAGCGCAAAGACCGGUGAAAAUGUAGAAGAAGCAUUUCUAAAAUGUUCAAAAACCAUUCUUGCCAAAAUUGAAACAGGCGAAUUGGAUCCUGAGCGCAUUGGAAGUGGUAUUCAGUAUGGCGGAGCUGCGCUCAGAAAUUUACAAACUAGACAACGUAGCAUUAACAAACCAGAUUGUGGUUGCCGUCUUUAAAUAUAAAAAUUUAGUUUUAGAAAAUAUAUUUUUAAUAUAAUCUUAAAUUUCUUAAUGUUAAUUUUUUGACGAUAAAUUUUAGUAUAGUUUUGUUUAUUAUAGAAUUAUUUUAAAAAAAGCACUUACUAAAACUUUAUGAUAUUGUAUCGUUUUCAAAAUGUAAUCUAUAAAUCUCAAGAAAUAUUUAAUUGUGAGCACUUUUUACAAUACUCUGAUAAAUCAUUCCUUAUAGAGUUUUUUGGACUUAAGUUGUAUCCUGUUUUAUUAUUUAAUACAUAAGCAUUUUAUCUGUUGCUUUUAUUUUUAUGUAAGUUUCUUUUACUUUUGUAAAAUAACAAAACAAAUUGUUUUAUAUUGGUCAACCAGUGUAUAUAAAAUAAUUAACAUAUAAGUUAUAUAGCACAUUGAUUUUAUUAUAUAUAAAGUUUUAAAUUGUAAUAAAAUUGGCGU